CACCACCUCCCACUCCAUCCACAAAAAUGAGCGACAGCGGGCAUGAGAGCGAGCGCGAGGUGCCCUCCGCAUCGGAGAUCAUGAAGCUGCUCGACACGCUGCAGACUGCCGUGUCCGCGACCGACAAGGCUGCCCGGCCACUGCUGAAGAAGGCCAAGGCGGGCGACGAGAGCCUCGACCUGUCCUCUGGUCUUUCGCUCUUGCUUGUACGCCCCCACCUCCUCCUUUCUGGCCUGCACCACCUUAUUGUGCUCGUUGGCCUGCGCCUUUCCACUCUCCGCCAGACGCAGCCCGACGCAUCGUCAUCCGCUGCCCUCGCCUCCGCCUUCGCGGCGGGGCGUACCCGCCCCGAAGAUGCUGUGUGGGAGGACGAACUCGCGGGCGAGCUCGCCCUCUGCCACGAGGUCAUGGACAAGGUGCGCGGAAUGGAGAGCAAGCUCGAGUACCAAGUGAAGAAGCUCGUGGGCCUCGCCGAGGCGGCGAACAAGCCGCAAGACGAGGUGGAGGAGGACCCGCUAUCGUUCCGCCCGAACCCGUCCGCGAUGGUGACCGCUGCGCGCACGGAGAAGAAGGUUGCUGCCGCCGCCAAGACCGACGACGACGAAGUCUACCGCCCGCCACGCGUCGCCGCGAUGCCCUACAACGAGCCUGGGCGUGAGCGUGCGCGCGAGCGGCGCGCGCCCGCGCUCCUCUCCGAGUUCGCGCAGACGAUGGACGGCGCGCCCACCGUGCAAACGACAUCGGGCUUGUCGACCCGCCCCGUCCUCGCGGGCGCCCACAGCAACUCGGUGAGCGCGAAGCGCGCGGCCGAGCUCAAGCGUCUCGCGACGUGGGAGGAGGACAACAUGACGCGGCUGGUGACGACGAAGCGUGAGGCCAAGCGGCGGCGGGACGACGAAGAGGCGCUUGCGCUCGGCUUUGGCGUCGGCGGCGCCGGGCGCUCGCGCCGUCAGAACGGCCUCGAGGCCGAGCUCGAGGGCGUGCUGGGCGAGCGCGGGAGUAAGGGCGUCUGGGAUAGUACGGGGGUGCAGGCGCUCGGGAUGCGCGAGGGGAUUACGGGGCGCGCGAAGCGCGCAGCAGAAGACGCCGCGCCGCGCAGGGGCCUCAAGAAGAGCCGGUUCGAGAAGGACGUCAAGCGCAAGCGGCGCGCCAUCGGCUUGCCGACCAAGUAGGUGUAGAGGCUGGCAUUGUAGUUGCAUCACCACUGUACGUUAUAUCAUGCAUACAUCUAGAUCUAUGGGGAAGGGUGAGGGGAGAUGGCGGAGGAAGAGAGGGACGUCAGAGGUCGUCAAAGAACCCCGCCUCCUCAUUCACCCGCUCCUUGCCGACCUUGUGCUGCCCCUUCCUGACUUUCUUCUUGCGCUGCGGCUUGUCGUCGUCGCUGUCGGAUCCCCAAUCGACCGGUGCGGCUUGUGCGGGCUCGUUGUCCGAGUCGUCGUCCUCACUGUCUUCGUCCAUGGCGGCAUCGCCCUCCUCCUCCUCAUCACCCAUCUCGACAUCCUCCGCCCCACUGUCGUCCU